GGCGGAUAAACUUUCGUCUGACACCGUGCCGGCUUUUCUCUGUUUGUUUGUUGUUUUGGACAGGACUCAGCUCUUAAAAGAGCCUGAAAAGUCUCUGUAGAAUUACCAAUAUCAUUAAAAACUGUCUUUAAUCGCUGAGGGCUAAGGAAAGUUAAAAAUGGCAGACGACGUGGAGUUCGAAGAUUUUGAGAUCACAGACUACGAUUUGAUGGAAGGAAUGGGUCUGGGCUUUAGAAGACGCAAAAUGACCAAAGAAGACGCCAUCUACGGCAUCUGGGCAGACAAAGAUUCGGAUGACGAUGACAGACCAAGUUUCUCUGGGAAAAGGAAGAAGGAUUAUACAAAACCUCUGAAUUUUGUUAGUGGGGGAGUUGUACAGAAAGGAAAGGACAAAAAAACAGAUGAUGACGGUGGGUUUCUUUCUUUUGUUACGGUAUAAUUUAACAUUCCGGAAGAACUCAUAACACAACUAUUUCAGUAGUAAUACAUCAGAACUACAUGAGUUUUUAAGUUUCGUGUAAUGAUUACUUUGAUUUCAUGAAAUGAUUUUAUUAUUAUUCUGCAGAUGCUGCCAGUGUUGGUAGCAGUGCUAGUGAGAAAGGUCCAGGGUCUGGGAGAAAUUCUCCUGUUGUCAGAGAUAAGAAGCUGUUUAAGGGGACUGGAGUCAAAAAAGAAACUGGCCCUCUUGGUAAACUGCGAUUCUUAAAAUAUAAAAGUGUACUCCAUCUAGAUGCUCACUUUAGGCAGUGUCAGUUGUUUCAGUGUUCUAAUAACUCAUUACAGUGGCCAAUUUGCGUUAUGAACUCAGUUGAUGAUAUUUAAUUACCCUGUAUCAAAGUUCAGUUGUGACCUCUUUUUCUUCUUUUUUUCAGGGCCUCAGAUGUUUGCCAAGAAGCUCCUAAAGACUUCUGGAAAGUAAGAAUUGAUUUAUUUUAAUGAGCAAUUAUUUGCACCCAGAGAAACUGGAACAAAAUCAAUUUUCCCUCUUCCUUUAACUCCCCCUCCUGUUUUCUGUGCAUGUCCCUCCCCUCCCUGCAGUUUAAGUAAAGAGAACCCUCCCCCUCCCCUAAUUAGAAGCUAGGUAUGGAAUUGAUGAAUAGGGUUAAUGAAAAAUGUUGAGUGACACUUGCUUCAGGGCUAAGAAAUUUUUAUUUAACACUCUACACCCUAAUAUCAGUAUGGAUAUUCUCCAUACUGUUCAUCAUACAUUUCUUCAGUUGCUGACAAGGGGAAUUUGUUUAUAACAAUCAAGAGCUUCUUCAGUUGAUGAUCAUUUCCUUUAUUCUUGUGACCUUCAUGUGUGAUUCAGGGGAGAUAUUGCAAGGAGAAACUAGAUUUUGGUCACUCAGAGAAGUGAAAGGGUUAAUCUUAAUGUUAUGGAAUUUUCUCAAGACUUGAGGAUUUUGCCCCAGUCGUUCAAACAAUGGAUAAAUUGCCAUCCAGAGGAUAAGCAUCAACAAAAUGUAUUGUGCUAUUCAGCGGAAAGAGAUUUAUCCACUGAAUGGCGUUAUCCACCCUCUGAACUACAUGGGCCUAGGCAUUUUAGCAAGUCUCAGGUUUUGCCUUCUGCAGGCCUUAGCAGGGAAAAUGGGCCAGAUUGCCUUGAAGAAAUAUAAUAUAAGGUGACUCUGACAGUAUACUUUUUCCUUCAUUGUUGCAUAACUUUCUUUUAUUAUUACUAGGGAAUUUGGAUCAUUUGAAAAGUAUACAAAAGGGUUUGGCAUGAAAAUGCUUCAGCAGGUGAGAAGUAGUAAGCCUCUGACUACGUUGUUGUAUCUCAACAGUAAGCAAUUAGGCAACACUCAGUCAACAAAUUUUUUCAGUGCACUGAAUUACAAACAUUUUUUUCUAGAUGGGUUAUGAGCCAGGAAAAGGUCUGGGUAAGGAUGGACAGGGUAUUGUGUAUCCAGUAGAAGCCUUUAAACGUGAGGGACGCGGAGCACUAGGAAGUUAUGGUCCAGAGAGAAGCAAGAAAGCUCAAGAGGUAUGUGUGGAAAAAUAAAAUCUACAGAAAAAUUAAAUAAUUUGAGAACCUUUUCAAGUGAGCUUGGCAAUCUGACAAAGAAUUGUGCCUUUUGUUCAUGUGAGAAAUUUCAUCUUGUAGAGUGGGUUGGUAUAAGGCAAUCUGCUCAUUUUUAGGCCUGACAUGCUGACUGUUGUUGUAUUCAGUCAAAUCUUGAUCUAUUUUUAUUCAAAUUUGUGGAGUUACUGUUUAGAGUGUCUUUGCUGAUGUCUGAAAAAAUAAAGUUAGUAAUUGCAAGUGGAAUGGUCAACCAGUCAAGGUUUAAAAGUUAGUAGAGUUUAUUUUAUCCUCCUUUAAUUACUGAAAACUGAAAAAUGUUCUUCACCAAAUAGCUGCAACUGUAGACUGACAAUCCAACCAGCAAUGUGACCCCUGAGUCUGUAUCAAAAUUAUUGUCAGUCAAUAUGCAGACUUGCCUGUUUUAAAUCUGUGAAUUCCUUUGGUAAUCAGUGACUUUUUUGCGACCAAAUCUGCCAAUUGAUGAAUCUGUACACUCCUUUUAUCUAGGUGACUAAGCUGAGUUUUCAAUCCAUAUCUAUUUAAUGUAUGACUCAAUAUCUUUGAUUUAAAAGUUCUCUGGGACUGCUUUUCUAAUAAACUAUUUUUCUACAAAAGUUACGACCUGUUUAUGAUGAAGAAGAAGAAGAGGAAGAAAAAUUUAAAGAACAACUUCAACAGUGGAAGAAGACAGAGGAGGUAUUGCAGUAUUAAUGGGAUUGUAUGAGUUAAAAUCAUUUAUCUUAGAGAGUGCCACCCUGGCUUGGGAGUUUCCUUUGAUUUUACUCACAUGCUCACCCUUUUGUCAAACAAGGGGCCAAACUUUAAUGUUCCAAAUGUGUCAUUUUUACACAGGGAUAUUCAAAGCCAAAAUAUGUUUACAAAACAGUGGAUGAGGUUAAGGUAACUCAAUUUGUUUCACCUCUUGUAUCGUUGAAGUAUUUUCCUUUGUAAAUGUUUACAGUUGCGUCAAGCUGUAUAAAUUAUAUUUAAGCAAAUCUAAGAUAGUUUCCUUUUGUUCCAAACAGGCAACAGGAGGAAGUAAAAAAGGGCCAUCAAUAUCUCUGAAGCACAGCAAGAUAAAGGUAGUCAUUGAUAUCAAGAGAGAAGUUCAUCUCAUAAUGUCAACUGAGAAUUAAAACAAGAUGCAAGAUUAUAAAAGAUUAUGAAGCAUCAUUUCUUCAAAGCAUUAAGACAAAACUUUUGUCCUCGUAUAAAGUCAUAACUUGCAGCAAAUAUUCCACACCUAAAGCAGAGAAACUUUAUAAACAAAUAGAGUGGACUGGAAACCACUUUUGGAAUUGCCAUAAACCGAAGACCUGUCUGUCAUUUCUUGUCCAGUAUUAUUUAUCAAAGGUGGAGUUGGUGUCUUUAAAAACCCUCCCUCUUCAGGCAGUUGUUAUAAGUGUUGUGUACAGUAUUUUUUAAAAAUAAUUUAUUAUAGUGUAGGGAUGGUACAGUGCUAAGAGUACUGACAUCUCUCUGGCAUGGCGCGAGUUUCAUUUUUGGACAUGGAUUCUGAACAAAUCAACACAAAAAGAUUCAAUUCUGACCAAGGAAACAGCUAUGGAGGAGCUGUCCCUUGGAGGUGCUGCUACUGAAUUUUAAUUGUUUAAUUUGAUAUGCAGUUUCUUGUUUAUCAUUUUUAGGUUGUCGACAUGACAGGACCUGAAACAAAGAUCCUGACUGGUUAUGGUUCAAUUGCCCAACAGCACGCCAAACCAGGAGAAGUCCCUCCAACCACUUCAGGUUGGUUGUCAUACACUUUGAUUAUUUCUGGAUUGUUUCAGAGCAACUUGUUAUAAGCAAGCUCUUCCAGGCUUCAUGCUAGUGUUGUUCUCUUAGUAAAAAGUCAAGUCUGCACUCAAUCAAGCGUCCCAUCUAGCCACAGCUUAUCCCAAUUUCUGCAGCAUGAAGCCAAUAUUUGUCUUAUCAUGUAUGACUGAUUAUGUUGUUUUAACACAUGUGAUGUAUUUGUUUUUUGUUUAUUUCCAGUACGAGAUGCUGAGGCAGCCUUUUCCAUGCCUGAGUUAACAUAUAAUUUAAACCUCCUGAUUGAUAUGGCAGAGACAGACAUCAUACAAACAGACAGACAGUAAGAUGCAUCUCAUGAUUAGCCAAUCUUACUGAAGUUAUAACACAGUAAAUCAUUAUUCAAUUAGUGGCUGCAUAUCUUAACGUAAAUUAAGAUGCGAUCCAUAUUUAACAAACUUUGGACCAAGAUAAAAAUCUGUGUCCUUUCACCGGGAUUCAAACCUCAGAACAUCUUAUUUUCCACUAUUUGAUGGUCUAAGGUUUGAGUUCUUAUUGGUGACUCAGAUUUUUUACUUAGCCAAUACUUGAUACAAAUAUGGAGUAAAUUGCUUGAUUUAUUGAUUGAUCCCAACAUUUAUCAUAUUUUGCUCAUGCAAUCUGCAUACAAGGCCCUACCUUAGAAAGUGCCAAACAAUUUCAACCAGGAGGUAUCAAAAAUUCCAUAUAGUGUGAUUGUCUGAGUGAGGUGGGGCCUAGGCAACGAGACAGGAUUUUUCACACAGGCAUAUUGCUAUACAAGCAUCUUACUGGUUUAUAGGGAGAUACCAGGCUGUUCAGCUAUCAUAAAAUGUUACUUUUUCUUGAUCAAGAGAGAAGGUUUAUGUACUGUUAAUAAGAUGAUUUGGGGUGCAGUUUGGUGUUAAUUAACAUGAGUAAAUUUAUAUAUAUUAUAAGUACCUAAAAAUUUCCCCUCACUUUCUUCGCCAUCCUCUGUACAAGAGUAAUCCUCAAAAAUAGUGGUAUUUCAAGAUUUCUGUGAUAAUUUGCAGGUUGAAAUUCGAGCGAGAUCUUGUGGUAAAUCUUAAACAUGAGGAAGAGAAGUUAAGUGCAGUGCUAGAACGAGAGGAAAAGGAUAUAAAGAGAUUAAUGGAGGUUAUCAAUAUGAUUGACAGGUAUUUUGAUAUGUGAAUCUUGUCAUGAUUAAGGAAUAAGGAGAAUGCACUGGCCAGUGAUAGUUUGAAGACAGUUUUCAAAAUUGUAUAUUCCUCUUUGAAAUCUUAACAUGUAGUUAGUGUAGUGAAUAAGUAAUAGCCUCUAUUUGGCAUGAAAAUAUGCUUGGAUAUUUGCUGGCAGACAUUUUCUGUUCUGAGAAGCAAGAUAGGGGGAAUUUUUAACAAAUAUUCACAGAAGUGGAGAUGAAUAGUGGUGUAAACCGAGCCACAUAGUGGCAAGCUAAUUACCCACCACUUUUUAGUGGCAAUGUAAAUAUCCACCAUUUUUCACCAACACUGAGGUGAAUAAUUGUUUUAACCAAAACCAAAAAAUUAUAGGUAGUUUAGUUAUUUCUCUCUAUAUUCCAAAAAAUGGUUGGAAAUUAAACUUGAUUUUGUGUCAUCAGCUGCUCAGAGGUGACUUGUAUUUGCUAUCACUUCCGAAAUGAAAAGCACUAGUCACUUGUGUGGUAUAUACUAACACCAGAUAUUCCUCAGUUUUAGCUGGGUUAUAUUCAGUCAUUUGACAUGUUGUACCUAUUGCGCCUGAGCAAAAAUAUAUGAUUGAUUAUAGUUUCAUUUAUACUUUGUCCCGGCACAAAAAAUUCAUGGUUUCUGGUGCAUACCUCUCUUUUAAGCUAUAGAAACUUUGAUAAUCUUAAGCAGCUGUAAAAGUCACUCUUGUAUGUAGACUUAACCUCUGAUAACUUCAAUAAAAUGAAUCCUCUUUGUUUGAAUGCCACAGUUGCCGACAACAGUCACUGUCACCAGAUGACGAUGCUCUCACACUUGACAAGUGCGAGGAAAUGUUUAAUACUUUACAGGAAGACUACUAUGAGGAAUUUAAGGUGAAAAGAAUAUCAGCUUUGCUGAAAGACAACGCUUCCUCUGUUUGGUUUUGCUUUUUUCCUAUGUGCUAGAGCAUUCCUCUUUUCAAGAAUUCUACCUUCUAGACUGUAUAUUAAGUCAUUUUUGGUUUGUGUGUUGUUGCAGAUGUACGACCUGGCAUCUUUAGCUGAGCCUCUGGUUUUCUCUUUGGUGAGUCGCGCGAUUGUGAUUGAUUAAUAUGUAACUUCUCUAAACCAUUUUCCUGCAAACGUGUGAUGAGAAAUGACCAGCUUAUCAGCCAGAAGGAUGUUAACUCGAUAGAAAAGCAAACUCUUUUGUCUAUGACAAGGAAACGUAUGGAAAUUAAUUGACUAAUUAACAGAUGGAUAUUGAUUUUCGGAAAGCGUUUGAUUGCGUCAACCACACAGUUCUUAUGGAUAAAUUACACUCUAUAGGUAUUAGUGGCUCUUUUUACGAUUGGCUCUUAAAUUAUCUUGAUAAUCGUAAACAAUUUGUCACCGUAAAUGGUUCAAACUCAGAAUUGUUGGAAAUAGAUACGGGUGUACCCCAAGGGUCUUUACUUGGUCCUAGACUUUACAGCAUUUACUCAAAUGAUCUGCCCGGAGCCACAACGAACGCUUCCGUUGAAAUGUUUGCAGAUGAUACUACUGUUUUUGCAUUGGAAAUACUGUUGAUGAAGUUUUAUUUAAGAUACAGAAAGCGAUCGUUGACUUAAACAAAUGGGCUAAGGAUAACUUCAUGACUAUUCAUCCCGCAAAAAAGUGAACUAAUGUUGUUAUCAAAAUCAAGAUUCAUCGGACCCCUACAGAAAAUUUGUUUAGGGCAAAAUGAGUUGUCAUUUGUUUCCAAAGCUACAUGUUUAGGGAUUCUUAUCGAUAAUAAACUCUCUUGGUCGCCACAUAUAAAAUCUUUGAGCAAACGUUUUUCGGCAAGAGUGAAGAAACUCAAACACCUAAAAGGACUCGACAAUCGCCUCUUAGAGUCAAUUUAUUUCAAAGGUAUCAUUCCAAGUAUUGCGUAUUCUAUUGCAUUAUGGGGAUCUUCUAAGUCACUUCAGACACUGGAAGACAUUCACAUUGGAGCCGCGAGAUUUAUUUUUAACCUAAAGGAAUCUACCCCCAAUACUGAAGUUCUGGCAGCGACAAAAUGGAAGUCCUUAUCAUAUUUCUAUAAAAAGAGGAUUGCCACUAUAUCCUAUCAGGCAUUUUACAAUAGAGCUCCGGCUGCUAUAAGCUCUUUGUUUACUAAACACUCUCCGUUGAGAAAUCUAAGGGACAAUCUGAAGCUAUUCGUGCAACGCCCUAAAAGUGACUUCCGUCGAUCUUCUUUUUCUCACCAUGCGUCUGUUCUAUGGAACAACUUACCCGUGUACUUGAAGAGCAAACCGAACAUUGUUUCUUUCAAAUCUGCUCUAAAAGCAAAAUCCGACAUUUUAGAUAAAAUAACAUUUAAUGGUUUACAGGGACUAAAUAAAGACGUUGUAAAUUACAUAUAUUAAAGCUAUUUUACUACUUUUAUUUAUUUUAUUACUUUUUAUUACUACUGUAAAUCAACUGUAUAUUAUAUUACUAGGUCUUACAUCCUUUCUUACUUACCAUAAUUUCGCUACUUGUUAUUGUUAUUAUUUAAAUUUUGUAGACACUCUUUAGUUUUGUAGGUCCACAUCAGCUUUUUAGCUGCCAUUUAUCGACCUACGUGACAAAUAAAGUAUGUAUGUAUGUAUGUAUGUAUGUAUGGACGGUUGGACUGACUCACAGACUGAUAAUUGAUUGGAUUUAUCAAUUGAGUUGAUAAUCUAAAUUGGCCACCGUAAAGAGUUUUUGAAGCUGACAUUUAAAGCGUUAGUCCUUUGUCCUUCGUUUUGACGAAGGAUUAAUGCUCAAAUGUCAGCUCUAGAAACCCUUUGAUGUUGGCCAAUUUAGCUCAUCAACUAAGUUGAUUAAAUCUAAUUAUCUUGUAAUAACCUCGCCGACGCAGCACAAUUUCUUGUUUAGAUAAUUUUUUUGUUUUUUUAUUUGAGUUCAUACUGUAAAUUGGCUACCAUAAAGAGUUUCAAAGCUGACGUUUCGAGCGUUAGCCUUUUGUCAGACUUUUCGAUUUUAGUAGAAAAUAGAAAUUGAAUUUUUUUUACCUCCAGGUGAGGAAGUAUUUUCAAGGAUGGAAUCCACUAGUUAAUCCUUUGCACGGUUUAGAGGUUAUGGUCCGAUGGAGAGAAAUACUGGAGAGGAAAGAAGCAGAGAAUUCUGCAUUUAGUCUGACUUUGGCACAAGGGACAGCACAUGGCGAGGAAGCGUAUGUGUCGAUGAAAAUUUUCUCUUGUCACGUUAUUUUACUGUUUUCUUUUAAAAUCUUUCUUUACUCUCUUUACUCUCUUUUAAGAAUGAAGAUGUACGACCGACUUGUGUGGGAAGUAUGGAUGCCCUUUCUUCGUUCUGUCAUGUGGUAAGUAUUAAGCUCGAUGUGCACGUUAACAUUUUUACGAAUGUUACUGCGUAAGAAUGGCUUGAAUUUGUGUCGUCGCUGACAGAGGAUAUGUAUGGUUCAGCGCUUGUCAUUGGCUGAAAUUAUCCUGCGUCUGGCGUUUUCCCGCGCUUUACACUUAUUUCAAGCUUGUUCCACGCCUAAGCUUGGUGAUUGGUCUCGAAAACUUGCGUCAUCAUCUUAACCAAUCAAAUUCAAGAGUAAAACCAAUCUUGACUGGGUCCAUAGUAUUUUCCCGCGCUUUGGGCAGUUUGCUGGUUUAUACUUUGACUUCUCAUUGGCUCCUUGUAAAAUAGUCCCUCGCCGUGCUUGGUGACUGUGGCUACUUUAGUUUUGGUGUAACAACGCUUAAUGGAGAAGCGGUUUUAUACUCAGUGUUCCAUUUCUUUUCAGUUCUUGGACUUGCCGUGAGUACGAUAGCAUGCUGAACUUGAUUAAUGUCUGGAUACCAGUCCUUCCAGAGUGGAUUUUGGAAAACAUCAAACAACAGUUGAUUUUGCCUCGUCUGCAGGUUAGAAUCCGUGCUAUUUUCAUUUUUGUAGAUCGUAUUUUUUCAUCGGGGUUUGCUUGAACCAAGAAAAUUUUCUUUUACUUGGCGGAGCCAUUUCGGAAUACCUGACUCAUUUUGUUGUCGCAAAGAUCCAAUAGUUCGCCCGCCGAAGAAAAUACAUGCUGUUGUCACGAGAGUACACGAGAGAUGACGUGAUUAACCUUUUUUUGUAACAUUUCAGGCGGAAGUAGAUGCUUGGAAUCCAUUAACAGACACUGUUCCUGUUCAUGCCUGGAUUCAUCCUUGGCUUCCUCUAAUGGGUAUGUUCAUCUUUUAAAUUUCUUUUUCAUUGCAAAUUCUAUUUCUUAGCAACAAUUGAUUAGGUCAUAAGUCCACGCUUCUUUGUGGUCCGUCACGUUUUACGUACUUUUGUAAAUAGCUUGACUGCGGACGAGACAAGACAAGACCUUGAAUAACUCCAACUGAAAGAUGCUUCGAAUAUAAAGGAUUCUACCCGGCUUAUGGCUUACAUAGGAGUUAGCGCGCGAAGUGAUCUGGGAUUGCGUUGGUUUUGCUUUGCCACGCUCUGUGAUUGGUCCAGAACUCCCUCCACCUUCUCAACCAAUCAGAUUUAAAGCCAGAACCAGUCACGACUUGUGUUUUCCUGCGUUUUUAUUUGAGUUCUCAUUGGUUCUUUUUGAAAUUCCCCCUUAUUCCCCCUGAUUGGGUGUUAAGGUUACUCUGGUUUGGAUUUUACGUCACACGAUCAUGCGUUCUAAAGCGUAACACUGACUAAGUUAACAAGAAAUGUGACAGCCUUAAUUUUGGUAAAUUCUUGUGUUUGUCGCAUGGUUUAUAUUACAUAAGCCAUUACAUACCAGAACGUUUUUACUUCGUAGGUGAUCGACUCGAGCCCUUGUAUGCACCGAUCAGAUUCAAGCUUGCUUCGGCCCUCACCAACUGGCAUCCCUCAGAUCCUUCGGCCAAAAUGAUGCUGGAACCUUGGAGUAAGGUACAAACAUCACUGGCAGAUUCAUAAAAAAUUUGUUCAACGAGUACAGGGAACACAAAUCCCUUGUUAGCCGCAUUUUUUUUUUAAUUUCUGCGUUACCUGACUAAGGAUACAUAAAAUAGAUAACGCGUUGAUUUUACUUUUUUCAGUUCUCGGUUUUGUUUGCGUUUUUCAUUUUGAUUUUGAUGAGUUGUAGUAGUGUAAAAACUUAUGGAAUUCAACCUCAUGUUUUUGUCACGAGUGUUAUGCGCAUAUUUUAGACCCUUUUUUUAAAGCACUCAAGUGAGCACAUUUUUCAUCAUUUUUUAAUGUUUUCCUGGAUGUCAUCGAAAGGAUACUGCCGUGCAACUUAACCAUACUUGUUCUGAAGGUCAUGAUAAAUAAUCAAUAAACAGGGAAGCAUUUUGUCUUUGUUAAUUUGGCAGGUGUUCUCCAAAGGCACAAUGGAUGCGUUCAUUCUUCGCUCAAUUUACCCCAAAUUGUCGCAGUGCUUGUCAGAAUUCAUUAUAAACCCUCACCAGCAGCACUUAGGUAUGUGACACUUUCACUUGCAACCUCAAAUAGUCAAUUCUCCCCACUGACAGCCAUACAUUUCAUGACAUAUCAAGUGUGAGAAUAUGGCGUUUCAUCAGGCGAGUCCUUCGAUCUCGUCUUUCGAUCUUCUCUAUAAUUUUUUAUUCCCUUGUGAGGUUGUUCGUCCGUGAAUUACCGAUAGCUAACGUGGUUAUGUUGUUUAUAAGUUGUUUUUUAUUAUUUCAGAGCCUUUUCAUUGGGUCAUGGAGUGGGAGGAUAUCAUAACACAGCAGCAUUUUAUCAGUUUGUUAGAAAAACAUUUCUUUCCGCGUUGGAUUCAGGUUUGUAGAGAAGACAUGAGUUUCAAUUCUCCUCGCUUGUGAGCGGGCUCUCAUUGAAGCGUUCAGUGACCCUCCAAAAACGGCGUUGAAUUUCCCUUGUUUUUGUUUUGACAUUGUUUAUUUGCAUUUGUGAACAGGUUCUCCGUGGUUGGCUCAGUGUCAGCCCAAAUUACGAUGAAGUGAUUCAGUGGUAAGUAAUUUGUUCAGUGUCGGGAGUGUUGCAUGGUACGUGAUAUUUAAAUGUGCGGUUUUUGUUUUACAACUUCGCUGAUGUUUUUGUUGGUUUCCUAAACUUCUCAACCAAUCAAAGAACUAAAAGCCUGGCUUGACCAGCUCAUGCUGGCUCCAAGCGAAGCUUCGGCGAGCUUCUACUUGAACGGAUAAAAAAGAACCCGACACGAAUUACCUCAUGAAGCUCUUAAACGGUUGGCUGGGAGAUUUAGCCAAUCUAGAACUGAAUCAUGUAAAUAAUAUUGCUUUAAUUUAUCUUUUUCCCUUUUGCAGGUAUUCAGGCUGGAAAGGCAUGUUUAGUGAGGAUCUACUCAACAAUCCAACCAUCAAAGGUGAGUCGUUAGAUUAUUUAUUCAUGUAUUUGCGAUAGUUAGACAGGCUAGCUGGUUGUUCGUGACUCUUGUGAGACAAUUUAGGUCUGGUAACCUGAAAGCUCGCCUCUAAGUCGUUACCGUGUUCGCACUUGUGCAGACGUUUGAUCGCUGUCCUGUUGUCCAGGCGCCCUCAGUUCGAGCAAUCUAAUUGAUGUGAGUCAAAAGAACGUUUUGAAAACCAAGCCAAGCAGUGAAAGGGAAAGGUUUUAAAACAAGUUUUGUUUAUUAAUUUUUCAGUUCAAUUCAACCGAGCUCUUGACGUCAUGAACCAGGCUGUUACGUCACCAGGGGGCGUUUUACAGCCAGGUGCCCGGGAGAAUAUUGCUUAUCUCACCAGUACUGAGAGAAGGUCAGGUUUUGAUUUUGAGCAAUUUUUAGUAGGGUGUCAAAAGUAAACUGGGAUUGCAUUGGUUAUCUUUUACUUCACUGUAUGAUUGGUCAAGAAAACUCGCGCCACCUUGUUCAACCAAUCAGAUACAAAUUCAAAACCAAUCGUGGAACCGCGUUUUCCCGCGCUUCAGGUUAUUUACUAGUUUUAGAUUCGAGUUCUCAUUGGUUCCCUUUAACUUUUUCAUUUCUUCUGACUGGCCGUCCGGAUCACUUUGAAUUGGGUUUUACGGCCUUUAAUUAGAGGACUCUGAGCAAAAAGUGCUCGUUUCUCAAACUAACAUUUGAACCCUCGUCGUCCUCGUCUCCUAAAACUUCCCUUCUUUAGCCACAUUACGCACAGCGUUAAACCAAUUUUUUUUGUCUUCUUUAGGAGGGAAGCAGAAGCGGCAGCCAUGGCAGCGGCAGUUGAAAAACAAAAGGUAGAAGCAUUAUGUCUGAACUCUCCUUCCCAGAGCAAUAAAUUUCUUAGGGUUAAUUGUGGAGAAUUUGAUGUUUCAUCAGUGGGACACCUAGUUGGUAAUAUUGUUUAUACCCAUGCAUUACGUGAUUGCAACGGCAGUGUUGCUGUGAGGAAAACAUUUAAUCAUGGUUUCACCGGUGGGUUUAGUUUGUAGUUGGUUCGCGUCCUUGCUCCGUGGGUUUUUUUCAGGGUCCUUCGGUUUUUCCUUCUAACCAACAUUCCAAAUUCCAAUUCGACUUGGUAAUAGUGGACAAGAAGAGCCACCUUGUGGAAUGUCCUCUGCUUACUUCCCAUUUAUAUUGUUAUCGUUAUCGUUAUUAUUCUCAUUCUCAUUCUCAUUCUCAUUCUCACUAUUAUUAUUAUUAUUAUUAUUAUUAUUAUUAUUAUUAUUAUUAAUCUAAUCUUAUCCUACCACAGGCUGAGGCAGCUCGCACUUUGGCCGCAUCUCAGAACGUCCCGUCGAACUUCAAAGAUCUCAUACAAAACUUGGUAAGUCUCUUGGGCCCUUUCCGACCAUUUAUUCCUUCACGUUCAUAAUUUAAAAUUCGUGUCAAUCUUCUCCACUCUGGAACAUCCUCGUGCUCUUCUCGUUUUUUCUUCGCACUCAAUUGUUUCUCUUUCUCGUCAAACUGAUAUUUCUUCAUUUUACUCACAUGUAAGGUAACUUUAUGCUCUUAAAAAAUCGUUUCGUAGUCAUGAAGCCCAUAAUUCUUUUCUUUGUAACAUCCUUAUUUCAUUGUAUUUAAUUGCUGUUUAUUAAUCUUUAGGCUGAAGAAAACAAUCUUCUUUUCAUGCCAACUCCUAAUCGGCGUUUUGAAGGAAAAGCUCUGUACUCGCUUGGUAAAGUGACACUAUACAUCGACAGAGGAGUUGUGUUUGUAAACACACAAGGCGUGUGGAAACCUGUAUCAUUGCAGGACCUAAUGACUUUGGCAAAGUGA